CCCCACCUUCCUUCGCCUCUUCUCCCAUCUGGCCCCGCGCCGCCGCCGUUGUUGGUUCUAUUCCAAUCCAACCCAUUUCGAAACCCAUCGCCGCGCUAUUCGUCACUCUUGCCCGACAAGCUUCUGCCUAACUGCAACAGCAACCACCAUCUCCCAUCAUUCUCCUCUUCUACUCAUCACCCCGACGACACCGCGGCCACUGGCAGCAUCAGUCGCCAUGAGCCAACAGCCACAGCAGCCUCCUCCGCCUUCACGUGCAGAGGUUGAGCGCAAGCUGUCAUUCAAGUCGGCACCCAGGUCCAGGUCAAACGACGCUCCCCGCCGCCCAAAGGUCGCAACUGGAAACGGCAACGAGUCAGACUCAUCGGUAGCCUCAUCCACCCUCCCAUCACUGAUUACAUCGCCCAUCUCGGUGGCGGCGCAAGGUGGGCCAGUCGCGGCAUCACCAAUCACAAUUACUCCGUCCAACGCAUCGCCCGUCGUGGGCGGCCAUGGCCCCACGCUCCCGCACAGCAGCUUGAGUGCCAUUGCAGAGCAAGGCAGCAAAGGCGGUCUCGUGCCUGCUCCGCGGCGCAAGGCCUCGCUGUUCAGCGGUAUCGGCGAGGACACGCUGCCUGAGCUCGACGAGCUCGAGGGGGUCGCCGAAGAGGGAGGAGAGGACGACAGCGACGGCGCAGACGACGACGACACCAACCCCGGCGGCGGUGAGGACAAGACGGAUCUCACUCGCGGCAUGGAGGGCGAGCGCGUGUUCAAGUCUGGCUUCUUGAUCAAGAAGCAAGAGCGACGAAAGCAAUGGAAAAAGAAGUGGUUUGUUCUGCGCGCGACCAAGCUCGCGUACUACAAGGACAACAGGGAAUACUCGCUCUCAAGGGCAAUCGAUCUUAGACAGGUGCACUCAUGCGUCCCAAUCUCGUCUGGCGAGAAGCAGAAGCACCCCUUUGCGUUUGCAAUCGUGACGUCGGAUCGCACCUUCCUUGUCGAGGCGCUCUCAAACGAGGAGCGCGAGGACUGGGUCAAGGCGAUCAACCUCGUACGCAAGCGCAUGACGGACCGCGAAGACGAGGCGAACCGGCGGCGUGACCCCUCGGCUACGCGCGCAGUUGCCGUGCCAGCCCGCCCAGGUGCUGGUGCUGCUGCGGCGCACGACGAGGUGGUGGAACCGCAUCAAGGUACCUGGACGAGCACCUUCUCGAGCACAACGGCGUCGACAUCCCCAGCCCAGUCGCAGAGCGGCAGCUACUUCCACCACAUUGUCCACCCGCAGAACCCUGCAAGUGCUGCCGCGCCUCACGCGCACGUCGCUGCCAGCUCGUCCAUUAGCAGCACGCUGUCGGCGCAGCUGGCGACGCUGUCCACUGGCGCAGCCGUGGGCGGUGCUGUUGGCGCUGCGUCCAACGGCGCAGGAGCCGCGGGGGUAGCCCGUACGCCAUCCAUCAACGCCCCCGGACCUAGCACGUCGGGCCCGAGCGCCGCCUCUGUGACUCGCCGCCUGUCGCACCCCAUCCCAGUGCCUACUGUCCAGACAUCCCGCCUCGACGGACGCCUGGCAGGCGGGCCCACCUCCCCCACCAAUGCCAACCUCAGCCCGCCCAACGCGACGCCCCACCUCGGAGCGAGCUCGGACGAGGACGAGGCCUACUUCUCGGACCCGCACACGGCGUGGGCUGACCUGAUUGCGACGUCGCCACCGACCAACACGGUGGCUGACCCCAACAAGGUCAUCCUGGCGACAUACCUCAUGAAGCGGAGCCGGAAGACUGCACGCGAAGUCUGGCGCAAGCGGUGGUUCUUUCUCACUUCCGCGGGCAUCACGUACACCAAGAGCCACAUGGACAACCGAGUGCUCACUUUCAUCAGCAUCCCGUCGAUUCUCGACGUCUUCUCGCUGGAAGACGCCGACGACGACGGAGCUAUCGACUCGUCUGGCGCAGAGGAUGGCGGCAACUUCCGGCACCCGUCUUUGCGGACCAAGCGUGAUCCAGUGGCCCCACCGAAAAACAUUGAGCAUGUGAUCCGCAUCGUCACAUCCAAGCGGCGGUACGACCUGUGUGUGCCUUCCGAGGAAGAGGAAAUCAAGUGGAUUGCGGCGAUUCGCGCGCUGGUCAACCGCGAGCGGGAGCGACAGGCUGCUGGGGCCGCGCAGCCUCCUAUGAGUCCGUUGACCGAGACUGCGCCAGCACUCAAGGCGGCGGCGGCCACGCAUCCCCCUGUGCCGACGAUUGCGCAGCAGCCACCGACACCGGGCAGCCAGUCGUCGCCGCUGCUCGGUGGCAACAUACCGCAAGUGCCGCCGGUGCCGCAGCCGGCUGUCGCUCCCGCUUCGACGACGCACACGCGAUCGAGAAGCGCAACGCAGGUUGCAAAGAACGCGGUUGCCGAGGCGACGCGAAAGUAUGUGGAGGUCGGCAAGCAGUAAGGACUUGUGAUUCUGGCCCGAUAAUAGUCAUGACGAGACGGCUCUGGUAGCACUGUGUGUGCAGAGUUUGAGUUUUGCAGCAAUAUAGUCAACACAACACCGACGAAUAUAGUCACCACGACGCGACGAUCUGGUAGAAAGCGUGCA